UAGUUGCUUGUAGUCGCCCUUCGUUGUCGAUAGAUACCUAAAAAUGAACUAUAAAAAGACUUUUAUUACGGAUUUAACGUGACAAUGGUUUCGAUAAAUUGUGUUUGAGUGCUAUCUGUCGCUGUUGGCGUCCUUGUUUUUUAUGGUUCAAGUUUACAAAUUAGACGGGACCAUGGCAGCAGGCGAGCCAGUUAAGGUGUCGGUGGUGACUGACCGAGUGGUCAAUGUGAUAAAUUGCUCUAGGGAUCUAACAGCUGAGGAGCUUUGUAUAAUUUUGUGCAAGAAGCACAAGAUACCUCCCAUAACACGUACUUUGUUUGCGUUAAGAGUUAGAGGCAAAAAUUAUUUCCUCAAAGAUAACUUUAAAGUUCUAAAUAGUACGCGAGAUUAUGAGUUGAGGAUUCGUUUCAAGGUACAGCGGCUAGGCCACUUAUUGACGCUGGACGACACAACCUACGAUUACUACUUCCGACAAGCAAGAGAUGAUAUCAACAAGUAUAAAGUCCCCGAAAUCAAAUAUGAAGAACAUAAACGAGAGUUGCUAGGUCUUGGCAUUGCAGACAUGGCUCGUGCUGUCUCAGAGGAAAAGUUAUUGGUGAAAGACGUGUUAAAAAACUAUAAGAAAUUCACACCCAAUGUAAUUGUAAGGAAACAUGGGAUGUUCGCCAAAAAGUACGCACAUGAAUAUGUUCCACAGCUUUGUGGAGUUGGACAUAAAGUCAAACAACUUAAAAACUUCUAUCUGCAGCAGCUGUACAGUUUAGCACCAAAUUACUUAGCGGAAGAAUACAACAAUGUGAUGUGGAAAAAUGGCGAUGAUAUCAUUCCGGUGAAGAUCGUCAUCGCACCAUUUCAUCCUCAGCAACCCGGAAUACGAAUGUACAAUACGAUUACAUGUGACUGGUUCCAUGUAUGUGCUAUUGAAGAACUUAUCUAUAUAACUAGAAAUGGUGUAAACAAAGUCGAAGUAUCGCGGAAAGGCACUCCCCUUUUCUUCACGUUCAAAAAUGAGGAAGCUCUGUCUUCAUUUAUAUCCGUUUGUGAUGGAUAUUAUAGAUUAAUGGUAAAAUGGACGUUUAACUUGUCGAAGGAUGACGAAACUCCGUCUUUGAAAGAGCUGCAUAGGAUUAAAUGUCAUGGACCUGUUGGAGGCGCAUUCGCUUAUCGAAAAUUAGAAGAAAAGCGCGCAAAGAAACAUGGUUGUUACGUACUACGUCAAUGUCAAGAUGUAUACAACAUGUAUUAUUUGGACGUGUGUACUAAAAAUAGUACAACGGAAACUUACAAGAUUGAAUUCAAAGGGCAUUGCUAUGAGUUCAAUAAGCAAGAGUAUUCCAGCAUCGAGCAACUAGUCGAGUGCCACAAGAAUGAAGAAGGGCGGAUAUUUCUCAAUGAAUGUAUACCACCUUCGGAAUAUGACAAAUCUCAACUGUUGCUUUGUGGUGAGAUGCAGAAAGUGGGAAUGCGUGUUGACCAAGCUGACUUGCAAGAAAUUCUCAAAGACAACAGGAGUCCACGAUGCUUACCCAACAAAGACAUUUUGCUGUAUACAGGUUCGGAGAAGUAUGGCAACUUGACAGCAACCUACAGAGCGCUGUGGAAACUUGACGACACGAGGAAAAUAGUCAUCGCGUUCAAGAUGCUUCAGAAGGACAAAGCCAAUGACAAUUUGAAGGAUUUCGUAGAGUUGGCGAGUAAAUGGGCUUGCAUUCAGUCGAGUUCUAUCGUCCGCCUGUAUGGUGUAACUCUCAGUUCGCCCACUGCCAUGGUGUUGGAGUACCUGCCUUGGGGCCCCUUUGAUGAAUACCUCAGGCAACACGAAGAACAUAUUGAAACUCUGCAACUUAAGAAAGUGGCGGCUGGCCUCGCCAGAGCGUUGUACGACUUGUCGGAAGCAGGCGUGGUCCAUGGCUACAUACGAUGCAACAAACUGCUGGUGGCCGACGCAGAUCGCCUUAUUGUGAAGCUCUCUGGGCCAACACUGAGAAAGUACAAGCCACAAGAUGUCCAUUGGAUGCCAGUGCAAUUCUUCGGAGACAUGAGCAUGGCGAGCCGAUCGGUGGUGGGCGACAUCUGGGCGUUUGCAACUACGCUUUGGGAGAUAUUUUCUUAUGGACAAUCACCCUCAGAGACCAAUCCAGUUUUAACCGCGCGGAGUUACGAGAAUGGCGACCGCCUGCUGCGACCAUCGGAUUGUCCAAUAGAGGUGUGGCAGAUCGUCACCGAGUGCUGGCGCGGUGACCCACUGCGCCCGCAGGCCAUCAUGCGAGACAUGAACCACAUGCUGCACUCCGAAUAUGUCCCUGAUUGCCAUGUCUAUGAACGGAUAUCAGCUAUCGGCGAUUGCUAUGACGGCCAAUUGACUAGCACUAUAAUAUCACAAAGCCGCUCAAGUGAGAUGAGUGAUGUGGGCAGUAACAAGUCGCUCCUAUCCACCAGUAGGUCGCCUUCCAUGACUAUGACUGAUAUUGAUCACUCGUGCGCUGACAGCGGCAGCUCCAUGUCGGAGAACGGCAUCCCGCUGGCGUCCAUCCCCAUGGAGACGACGUCUCCCGACGGUGGCGUGGUGGGUGGCGUGGACGACCCCGACCCUUAUUUAGCCACCACUGGCCCUCUACUUAUGCAGCGUAUAGUCAGUCGCGGAGAGACUUAUGCACUUACGCUUACCAAGAAAAUAGGCAUUGGUAACUACGGUCAUGUAUACAAAGGCUGGAUGGAGCCGGACAACCAAGAGAACAGCCGAAGGGAAAGAAGAGAGGUGGCCGUGAAGAAACUCAGCCGGCAAGCUGCCGACCGAGGCUACGCGGACUUCACAAAUGAACUCAAUAUUAUGAAGUCUUUAGUACACGAAAACAUAGUAGAGAUCCUUGGAGACUCGUGUGACGUCAGAGGGUCGGAAGUACUUAUCGUAAUGGAGUACUUGGAGCAGGGAUCACUGAACCAUUUCCUACGUCACGAGGGUGACAACCUCACUAUUAAGCAUUUCCUCAUUUACGCUAGGGAUAUUGCUCGCGGCAUGGAUCACAUAUCAGCCAAACACAUGGUGCAUCGCGACUUGGCGGCGCGGAACAUUCUAGUCGUGAACAGAGAAAAGGUGAAGAUCUCAGACUUUGGCCUCGCGAGGAUCAUACCGAGACAGGACGACGAAUAUAGACUGAUGACUAAUCGGCUGCUGCCUAUUAAAUGGUACGCGCCGGAAUCCGCUGUGAAGCCGUGGCACUUCUCGACGUACAGCGACGUGUGGUCGUACGGCGUCACCGUGUGGGAGAUUUUCACGCGCGCUGCCAUUGAAGUGCCUACCUUCAACACCGAUCGCCCGCUUGAGAGAGCUUCCUGCUUUCCACAUCCAGAAGGUUGUCCACCAGAAAUAUCUCGAGACUUGAUAAGGGCGUGUUGGAACCUCAACCCUAAAAUGCGCCCGAAUUUCGUAUACCUCGGCCAAUUGUGCAGCAGAUUCAUCGAAGACUAUAGUUAAACGUAAGACUAUAAUUUUAUGGCGACAAAUUUUUGUUCUUAAAAUGUUGUAAGGCAACAACACGACACGUUCAAUUAAUUUGGGCUCGUGUCAGGUGUCAAUACAAUUUAUAGUAACGAUUGUUAUAUAUUAUAUUGGACUUGUUAUAAAAUUUUGCCUGGAAAAUUUAUAGGCUAACGGGAUGUAGUGUUCUUCUUACUCUUUAUGGGCUCAUUCAGAGUGCCGGCGCGGGUCUUGCCGUCUUCCCUUUCACAGUGCCGAAGCAACUAAAACCGUUAGACCCGCAUGUAAGUUGCAAGCAGACGCUAGACCAAGCACUGUGAAUAGUAAGGGCGGACUUAGCCAAUAGAUCCAACUGCUUCUGCGUCUGACACAGGCGCCGGCGCGCGCGGCUACUGUGAACGCAACGAGCGUCUUCGUUCAUUUGUUUUACGCGCACCCGCGCCCGCACCCGCACCAGCGCCCGCGCCCUCCGCCACUCUGGGAUACAAUAGAAGUAGUCUAUGAUCAAAACACUUGCAUUUUUAUCAUCUAAAUUUAUUUAGAAUACGUUGUUACGUUUAUUACUUAUUUUAUUCUGAACAAUUAUUAAUUGAAUGUAUCGCAUGAUGGUAGCUGAAAUAAGCGAACGUAAAACGUAAACUUAACAUAGGUUGUUUUGUACACUACUCGGAUGUUUUAAUUUGCUACAAUUGUAGGUUUUCACAAUUUCACUUCGUAAUGAAAAUUUUGGAAACGUAUAUAACAGAAAUAUUGACUUUUUAUACUACAUCUCUGAUGCUCUCGAUUGUUAGUUGCUGAGGCUGAUGGAUAUAAAGUCAUGGGCAUCCAAUGAGGAUGUGGCCGACAUGACGUGAUAUGAAGUUUGUUUACCUUGAAUGAAUGCGAAAUAACGGUUGAAUUCAAGGUUUGAAAGGUAUUCUGGUUGCCUUGUACAUGUUCUAAAAGGUUCCUUUAUGCAUUUGCCUUAGUUUCGUACAUUUAUAAGUUUGUAAAUAUUAUUUGAAUUUUAUGUAUACUUAGUGCAUAUGACAGUAUCUCAUUACGGAGUCUACAUUUAUAUUAAAAUCAGUGCAAUCAGUUUUAAAUAAUGUAUUUACAACGAAUUUUAUAGGUUUGUAUAUUUAUAUAGCGUUUGUUGGUUCUUGUAAUAGAUUCCAGUAAAUUGUUUACUAUUUACACGAAUCAUGCGUGCCUUUGUUUACAAUGCUUGUGUGAAUUUAUUAACAAUCAAGGUUUAAUCAAGUCGUAAUAUACAUUAUACUUAAAAAUUGUAGAUUAUUUUGCUACCCAUUCUGAUUCUUUAUUUAGAUAAAGAUCAAGAUUCUUGUUGACAGAUUAUUAUAAUUGAGACUGUAUGAAAGAUAGAAUGCAAACGCUGACUUAAUAAUAAUAUACCAAUACCUACAACAGUGGCUUUAGUAAUAGCUUUUGGCAUCAGAUUUUGUGAUGAUUUUUUUCCAUAUUUCUUGGUCAGCCAUUUUGGAAAUUGUGUACAUUGUAAAAAUAUAACAUCCACCAUACUUCUAUAAUUUUUAACUUAUUGCGUUACAUCCAGCCAUUAAUAAGAGUAACUACAAGCAUCGCUCUGAAUUCGCGCCAAACAACAGCUGUUCCAUAUAUUUUGGUGUAAUGUGUGUGAAUAAUUUAUGUGGAACUUACAGUGGUGGGUGGAACGAAAUAAUCACCUUGUAUAUUUUGGAGAUAAAUGUGUUUUCUUAUAACCUUUAUGGCAACUAUUUCAACGUUUCAGAAUGGUUAAGCGAGUUUUAUUAAAACCAAAGAUAUUAAAAUGAUCGUUUUAAGAUAAAGAUAUAUAUUGCUAAGUU